UGGCCGCCGCCGCCAUGCACGCCGCGGAGCCCCCGCCGCCCGAGGACUCUGGGACUACGCCGAGGCCGAACUUUUAGGUCCCACUGAGCGAGGCCCGCGGGCCGGGUGGGGGGCUGGCUGCGGCACUCCCGCGGAGGAUGGAUGGCCGAGACUUCGGGCCCCCGCGGUCCGUGCACGGCCCCCCGCCGCCGCUGCUGUCCGGCCUGGCUAUGGACAGCCACCGCGUGGGCACCGCUGCGGCCGGACGCCUGCCCGCUUCUGGCUUGCCCGGCCCGCUGCCGCCCGGGAAGUACAUGGCCGGCCUCAAUCUCCACCCGCACCCGGGCGAGGCCUUCUUGGGCAGCUUUGUGGCCAGCGGGAUGGGGCCCUCAGCCUCGUCCCAUGGGAGCCCCGUGCCCCUGCCCUCUGACCUCUCCUUCCGCUCCCCUACCCCCAGCAACCUGCCUAUGGUACAGCUGUGGGCUGCUCAUGCCCAUGAAGGCUUCUCCCAUCUGCCCAGCGGGCUGUACCCAUCCUACCUCCACCUGAACCACCUGGAGCCCCCCAGCAGCGGGAGCCCCCUCCUCAGCCAGCUGGGCCAGCCCAGCAUCUUCGAUACCCAGAAAGGUAUGAUGAGGGGGGCAGACGGCUUCUACCUGCCCGCCCCGGGGGCUCCGGGUGCCCUGCACUCUCACGCGCCCUCCUCCAGGACCCCGGGCGGCCACUCCUCCAGCGCCCCGGCCAAAGGCUCUUCGCGGGAAGGUCCAGCCAAGGAGCGGGCGGGCCGCGGCGGGGAGCCGCCCCCGCUGUUCGGCAAGAAGGACCCGAGGGCCCGCGAGGAGGCUGCGGGGCCGCGCGGCGUGGUGGACCUGACCCAGGAGGCGCGGGCGGAGGGGCGCCAGGACCGCGGGCCCCCGCGCCACGCUGAGCGCCUGUCGCCCUUCCUGGCCGAACUGGGGCCGCCGCGCGGGCCGGGCGCCGCCGCCGAGUGCAAGGGCAAGAACCCGCCCCCGCCGCCGCCCCCGCCCCCGGCGCUGAGCCUCUGCAACGGCGCGGGCGACACAGGGCUCCCCGCGCUGGUGGCCAAGGAGGCGGCGCGCCAGGACGAGAGCGCGCGGCUGCGGCGCGCAGAGACCCUGCUGCCCGGGCCGUGCCCUUGCCCCUCGCCGCUCCCGCCGCCACCCAAGGGCCCGCCCGCGCCCCCCACCGCCCCGGCGGGGGCCUUCGCCGCGCCACAGCCCGCGUCCGCCGGCGUCUACACCAUCUUCCCCGCGGCGGCGGCGGCGGCGGCGCGCGAGCCGGGCCGCGAGCACCGCGUGGUGGCGCCCACCUUCGUGCCUUCCGUGGAGGCCUUCGACGAGCGCCCGGGGCCCAUCCAGAUCGCGUCGCAGGCGCGCGACGCCCGGGCCCGGGAGCGCGAGGUGGGCAGGCCCGGCGUCCUGCAGGCGCCGCCCGGGUCCCCGCGGCCGCCCCCAGAGCGGCCUGAGGCGCUCCGCGAGAAGAACUCGGUCAUCCGCUCGCUCAAGCGGCCGCCGCCCGCCGAGGCCCCGCCGGCGCGGGCCGCGCGCGCCUCCCCGGAUGCCCGGGCCUACCUCCCCGCCAAGGAGCUGCUCAAGCCCGAGGCCGAGCCGCGGGCCUGCGAGCGCGCCCCCCGCGGCCCCGCCGCCGCCCCCCAGCAGGCCUCCAAGCUGUUCGGCCUGGAGCCCGCGCGGCCACCACCGCCGCCCGCCGGCCCUGAGCCCAAGUGGAAGCCUUUCGAGCUGGGCAACUUCGCCACCACGCAGAUGGCUGUGCUGGCCGCGCAGCACCACCACGCCAGCCGCGCCGAGGAGGAGGCGGCCGCCUCCAAGAAGGCCUACCUGGACCCCGGGGGCGCUCUGCCCCGCGCCGCGGCCGCCUGCGCCAGACCCGGCGCCGACGUGCAUGCCGCGGCCCACGGGCCAGGGGAGGCCUCCGCCAUGCAGAGCCUCAUCAAGUACAGCGGCAGCUUCACCCGCGAGGCCGUGGCCGUGCGCCCUGGCGGCUGCGGCAAGAAGAGCCCUUUCGGAGGCCUGGGCACUAUGAAACCCGAGCCUGCGCCCACCACCGCGGGCGCCCCGCGCACCCAGGCCCGCCUGCCACACCCUGGCGGCCCUGCGGCCGGUGGAAGCCGGCAGUUGAAGCGGGACCCGGAGAGGCCCGAGAGCGCCAAGGCUUUCGGGCGUGAGGGCUCUGGGGCCCAGGGAGAGGCAGAGGUGCGACACCCGCCCGUGGGCAUUGCGGUGGCCGUAGCCCGGCAGAAGGACAGUGGCGGCAGUGGCCGGCUGGGGCCUGGGCUGGCAGACCAGGAGCGCUCCCUGUCGCUGAGCAACGUCAAAGGGCACAGCCGAGCUGAUGGUGACUGUGGGGAUGAGAGGACCAGGCACCGGGAGGAGCGGCUGUUGGGGGCGCGGCUGGACAGAGACCAGGAAAAGCUCCUCAGAGAAAGUAAGGAGCUGGCUGACCUGGCCCGUUUGCACCCCACGAGCUGUGCUGCUAACGGCCUGAACCCUAACCUCAUGGUGACCGGUGGCCCAUCGCUGGCAGGCUCCGGGCGCUGGUCCGCCGACCCCGCAGCCCAUCUGGGCACUCAUCCCUGGCUGCCCCGCUCGGGUAGCACGUCCAUGUGGCUCGCCGGGCACCCCUACGGCUUGGGCCCACCUCCUCUGCACCAGGGCAUGGCGCCUGCCUUCCCGCCUGGCCUGGGGGGCUCCCUGCCAUCAGCUUACCAGUUCGUGAGGGACCCCCAGUCGGGCCAGCUGGUGGUCAUUCCCAGUGACCACCUGCCUCACUUUGCGGAGCUGAUGGAACGGGCCGCGGCGCCCCCGCUCUGGGCUGCCCUGUACCCACCAGGCCGCGGCCCCCUGCACCACGCCCAGCAGCUGCAGCUCUUCUCCCAGCAGCGCUUCCUGCGGCAGCAGGAGCUCCUGUACCUGCAGCAGCAGGCGGCCCAGGCCCUGGAACUGCAGAGGAGCGCCCAGCUCGUGCAGGAGCGGCUGAAGGCCCAGGAACAUCGGGCAGAGAUGGAGGAGAAGGUGAGCAAGCGGAAUCUGGAGGCCGCAGGCAAGGCUGGCCUGGCCGCCCCGGGCCCUGGGCUGCUGCCUCGGAAGCCCCCCGGCCUGGCUGCUGGCCCCACGGGCACCUACGGCAAGGCCAUGAGCCCGCCACCAUCUCCCCGCGCUUCCCCUGUGGCUGCCCUGAAGGCCAAGGUCAUCCAGAAACUGGAAGAUGUGUCCAAGGCACCCACCUAUGCCUACCCCGCCACGCCCAGCUCCCACCCCAGCAGCCCGCCGCCCGCCUCCCCGCCGCCCACUCCUGGUAUCACCCGCAAGGAGGAGGCGCCUGAGAAUGUCGUGGAGAAGAAGGACUUGGAGUUGGAGAAGGAAGCCUCCAGCCCCUUCCAGGCCUUGUUCUCGGAUAUCCCACCCAGGUACCCGUUUCAAACCCUGCCGCCACACUACGGGAGGCCCUACCCAUUCCUGCUGCAGCCCACAGCGGCCUCCGACGCCGACGGCCGGGCCCCCGAUGUGCCGCUCCCAGCCGAUGGGCCCGAGCGCCUGGCGCUGUCUCCUGAAGACAAGCCUAUCCGCUUGUCCCCCUCCAAGAUCCCAGAGCCUCUCCGCGAGGGCCCCGACGAAGAGCCGCUGGUAGAACGGGAGGUGAAGGCCGAGGUGGAGGACAUGGACGAUGGCCCUGCAGAGGUGCCCUCCUUGGAGUCUCCCCUGACAUUGGCCCCUGAGGAAGCCCUGGCAGCCCCAAGCCCCGUGGCUGGCUGUGGAGGCGGUCUGCUGGAGGCCCAGGCGCUGAGCGCCAGCGGGCAGGGGGGCAUGGAGCCCCCCGGGGGCCCAGACUUCGUGGAGGGGGCCGAAGCGCGGGUCGAUUCCCCAGGCCGGACAGAACCGUGCACAGCCGCCCCGGACCUGGGGGUGCGACUGACGCCAGAGACACUGGUUGAGGCCAAGGAGGAGCCCGUGGAGGUGCCUGUCGAUAUGCCCAUGGCCGUGUCCAUGGCAGAGGCGGUGCCUGAGGAGGGCCUAGCACAGGCAGCCCCGAGCGAGCCCCGGCCUAGCCUGGAGUUGGCAGAUGGUGACGUGCCCGCCGGGGAGGGGGAGUGCCUGAGUCUGGAGGCCAGGGAGGCCACACCUGUGCCCAGCGGCUCCUGCUUCCUGGAGGAGGAAGGCUCUGACCAGUUUCUGCCCGGCCUGGAGGACCCACUGGCUGGUAUGAACGCUCUGGCAGCGGCUGCGGAACUGCCCCAGGCCAGGCCUCUGCCCUCCCCGGGCCCCGGCACCCAGGCCCUGGAGAAGCUGGAGGCGGCACAGAGCCUGGUCCUGGAGCAGAGUUUCUUGCACGGGAUCACCCUGCUGAGCGAGAUCGCCGAGCUGGAGCUGGAGAAGAGGAGCCAGGAGGUGGGAGGUGCGGAGCGGGGCCCAGCGGUGCGGCCCUCGCUGGAGAGCCUGCUGGCAGCCAGCAGCCACAUGCUGAAGGAGGUGUUGGACAGCCCCUUCGUGGACCCACUCAAGAACCUGCGGCUUCCGCGGGAGCUGAACCCCAACAAGAAGUACAGCUGGAUGCAAAAGAAGGAGGAACGGAUGUAUGCCAUGAAGUCGUCCUUGGAAAGCAUGGACGCCAUGGAGCUGGACUUCCGGAUGCGGCUGGCCGAGGUCCAGCGGCGGUACAAGGAGAAGCAGCGAGAGCUGGUGAAGCUGCAGAGACGCCGCGACCCCGAGGACAGGCGCGAGGAACCCCAUAGAAGCUUGGCACGCAGAGGCCCUGGCAGGCCGAGGAAACGGACCCACGCCCUGAGCGCCCUGUCGCCCCCCCGCAAGAGAGGGAAGAGCCGCAACAGUAGCGGAAAGCUGAGCAGCAAGCCUCUGCUGACGUCGGAGGAGUACGAGCUUGGAGCAGGCAUGAGGAAGAGGCACAAGGGACCUGAGGAGGAACAUGAUGGCCUUGUUGCCACGGGGAAAGCGAGGGGCAGGAGCCAGCCUUGGGAUGAGCACGAAUCCUCAUCAGACUUCAUGAGUCAGCUGAAGAUUAAAAAGAAAAAGAUGGCCAGUGACCAGGAGCAGCUGGCCAGCAAGCUGGACAAGGCCCUGUCGCUCACGAAGCAGGACAAGCUCAAGUCGCCCUUCAAGUUCUCGGACAGCUCUGGGGGCAAGUCCAAAGCGAGCGGGGGCUGCGGCAGGUACUUGACGCCCUACGACAGCCUGCUGGGCAAGGACAGGAAGGCGCUGGCCAAAGGCCUCAGUCUGUCCCUCAAAGCCUCCAGAGAAGGUAAACACAAAAGGGCCGCCAAAGCCAGGAAGAUGGAGGUGGGCUUCAAGGCCAGAGGCCAGCCCAAGUCGGCCCACUCCCCGUUCGCCUCGGAAGUGAGCAGCUACUCCUACAAUACGGACUCAGAGGAAGACGAAGAAUUCCUGAAGGACGAGUGGUCUGCCCAAGGCCCGUCCAGCUCCAAACUGACGUCUUCCAUCCUGUGUGGCAUGGUGGCAAAGAACAAGCCCCCCGGAGGCCCCAAGCUGACCAAGAGGGGUCUGGCGGCCGCCCGGACUCUGAAACCCAAGCCGGCCGCCGGCAGGAAGCAGCCCUUUUGUUUGCUGCUUCAAGAGGUCGAGGCCCGUUCCUCCUUCAGCGAUUCCUCGGAGGACUCGUUUGACCAAGAUGAGAGCUCCGAGGAGGAGGAGGACGAGGAGGAUGAGCUGGAGGAGGAGGAGGACGAGGCCGCCGGUGGCUAUAGGCUGGGGGCCCGAGAGCGGGCCUUGUCGCCAGGCCUGGAGGAGAGUGGGCUGGGCCUGCUGGCUCGCUUUGCAGCCAGUGCCCUCCCCAGCCCCACAGUGGGGCCGUCGCUAUCAGUGGUGCAGCUGGAGGCCAAGCAGAAGGCCCGGAAGAAGGAAGAGCGGCAGAACCUGAUGGGCACGGAGUUCGAGUACACGGACUCGGAGAGUGAGGUCAAGGUGCGGAAGCGGUCGCCUACCGGGCUGCUGCGGCCCAAGAAGGGACUAGGGGAGCCCGGGCCCUCCCUGGCCUCCCCUGCACCUAGCGCCCGGGGCCCAGGUCCCACCAGCCCCGACAAGGCCAAGCUGGCGGCAGAGAAGGGGCGCAAGACCCGCAAGGUGCGGGGCGCCAAGGAGCCCGGCUUUGAGGCGGGGCCCGAGGCCAGCGACGACGACCUGUGGACACGGCGGCGGAGCGAGCGCAUCUUCCUGCAUGACGCCUCGGCCGCCGCCCCAGCCCCCAGCAGUGCCGCCCCAGCUGCCACCAAGCCCAGCCGCUGCGGCAGGGGUGGCCCGCUGAGCCCUCGCAAGGACACCAGCCGUGCCAAGGACAGGAAGGACCCCAGGAAGAAGAAGAAGGGGAAGGAGGCUGGCUCAGGGGCUGCGCUGCCCCCACCCCGUGUUCCCGCCCUGCCCCCCGACGCUCGGGCUCCCCACACCGGCUCCCCGGCUGCUGCCAAGAGGAGCAAGGCCAAGGCCAAAGGGAAGGAGGUGAAGAAGGAGAACCGGGGGAAGGGGGGAGCCGUGAGCAAGCUGAUGGAGAGCAUGGCUGCUGAGGAGGACUUCGAGCCCAACCAGGACUCCAGCUUCUCCGAGGAUGAGCACCUGCCCCGCGGCGGGGCCGUGGAGCGGCCGCUAACUCCGGCCCCGCGCUCCUGCAUCAUCGACAAGGACGAGCUGAAGGACGGCCUGCGUGUGCUCAUCCCCAUGGACGACAAGCUGCUGUACGCUGGGCACGUGCAGACAGUGCACUCUCCCGACAUAUACCGUGUGGUGGUGGAGGGUGAACGUGGGAACCGGCCCCACAUCUACUGUCUGGAGCAGCUGCUGCAGGAGGCGAUCAACGAUGUGAGGCCGGCCUCCACCCGCUUCCUGCCGCAGGGGACCAGGAUUGCGGCCUACUGGAGCCAGCAGUACCGCUGCCUAUACCCGGGCACCGUGGUCCGAGGCUUGCUGGGCCUCGAGGAUGACGGGGAUUUGAUCACCGUGGAGUUUGAUGAUGGGGACACGGGGAGGAUCCCCCUCUCCCACAUCCGUCUCCUGCCUCCCGACUAUAAGAUCCAGUGUGCGGAGCCCUCCCCAGCUCUCUUGGUGCCAAGCGCCAAGCGCCGCAGCCGGAAGACCAGCAAAGACACCGGGGACAGCAAAGAUGGCGGCACCCUGGGGACGGAGGAGCCCGGCGCCAAGGCACGAGGGCGUGGGCGGAAACCCAGCACCAAAGCCAAGAGUGAUAGAGCUGCCGUCCUGGAGGAGGGGGGCCCAACAGAGGAGGUCCCCAGUACCCCGUUGGCCCUGGAGCCCAUCAGCACCCCAAGUUCCAAGAAGAGCCCCCCAGAACCCGCGGACAAGCGGGCCAAAGCCCCCAAGGCCCGCCCAGCGCCCCCCCAGCCCAGCCCGGCACCAUCUACCUUCACCAGCUGUCCGGCUCCCGAGCCCUUCGGGGAGCUGCCGGCCCCCACCGCGGUCCUGGCCCCCGCCCCCCUCGUCGCCAUGCCCAUCACCAUGCCCGCCACCCGGCCCAAGCCCAAGAAAGCGCGGGCUGCUGAAGAGGCGGCCCCCAAGGGCCCCCGGAGGCCCGGGGAGGAGGCCGAGCUGCUUGUCAAGCUGGACCACGAGGGCGUGACGUCGCCCAAAAGCAAGAAGGCCAAAGAGGCCCUGCUGCUGCGAGAGGACGCGGGGGCGGGGGGCUGGCAGGAGCCCAAGGGCCUCCUGACCCUGGGCGGCUACCCCUCGGCCGCGGGCGGCGGCGAGCCCAAGGCUGCCCGGCCCAAGGCCACGGACGGCGAGCUGGCCCAGGAGCCCGGGGCCGGGCUCGAAUUCGAGAGCUCGGGCCACCCCAAGAGCCCGGAGAAGGGCCAGGCGGAGCAGGACGGGGCUGAGGAGUCGGAGAGCGGCAGCAGCAGCAGCGACAGCGGCGGCGGCAGCAGCAGCAGCUCCGAGACCGAGGGGGAGGAGGAGGCCCAGGGCGAGACUGAGGGGGAGGAGGAGGCCCAGGGCGAGACCGAGGGGGAGGAGGAGGCCCAGGGCGGUGGCGGUCGGAACUGUAGCGCCUCCAGCUCCCGGGCGUCCUCGUCCUCGUCCUCCUCCUCGUCGUCCUCGUCGUCGUCCUCGUCGUCCUCGUCGUCCUCAUCCUCCUCGUCAUCGUCCUCCUCCUCCUCGUCGUCCUCGUCGUCCUCCUCGUCGUCGUCCUCGUCCUCAUCGUCGUCGUCGUCCUCGUCCUCCUCCUCCUCCUCAUCCUCGUCGUCCACCACUGACGACUCUUCCUGCAGCUCCGACGACGAGGUGGCGCCUGCCCCCGCGGCGGGCCCGUCGGCCGCCCCAGCUCUCCCCAGCAAGGCGCCCAAGCCAGCAGGCAAGGGGCGCUCCUCGGCCCACUCCCCGGGCAAGAAGGCGCCAGCGCCCCCACCCCAGGCACCCCCGCCGCAGCCCCCGCAGCCCCUGCCGGCCAAGGCUCAGGCCGGGGCGGGGGCCAAGAGCCGACCCAAGAAGAGGGAGGGCGUCCACCUCCCGACCACCAAGGAGCUGGCCAAGCGGCAGCGCCUGCCGUCCGUAGAGAACCGGCCCAAGAUCGCUGCCUUCCUGCCUGCCCGGCAGCUCUGGAAGUGGUUCGGCAAGCCUACCCAGCGCCGCGGCAUGAAGGGCAAGGCCCGCAAGCUCUUCUACAAGGCCAUCGUGCGUGGCAAGGAGAUGAUCCGCAUCGGGGACUGCGCCGUGUUCCUGUCCGCCGGCCGCCCCAACCUGCCGUACAUCGGCCGCAUCCAGAGCAUGUGGGAGUCGUGGGGCAGCAACAUGGUGGUCCGCGUCAAGUGGUUCUACCACCCCGAGGAGACCAGCCCGGGCAAGCGCCUCCACGAGGGCCAGCACUGGGACCAGAAGUCCGGCCGCAGCCUCCCGGCCGCCCUGCGGGCCUCCAGCCAGAGGAAGGACUUCAUGGAGCGUGCCCUCUACCAGUCCUCCCACGUGGACGAGAACGACGUGCAGACUGUGUCGCACAAGUGCCUGGUGGUGGGCCUGGAGCAGUAUGAGCAGAUGCUCAAGACCAAGAAGUACCAGGACAGCGAGGGUCUGUACUACCUCGCGGGCACCUACGAGCCCACCACGGGCAUGAUCUUCUCCACCGACGGCGUGCCUGUGCUCUGCUGAGCGCCCCGCGCCCUGCCGGCUGCCUCGCGCCCUGAGCGCCGACGGGGACCCCUCGCCAACACUGCCACGUCUCGGGGACCACGCGCGUUGGUUGUGUGCAUGCAAGUGUGCCCUUGGACGGCCCGGCGUACGUGAGUGUGUACAUGUGUGUGCCUGUAUGCAUGCACGUGCGUGCACGC